AGGGAUAACAUAAGUUGAGUCAACACCUAUGAUAUGCAAUAAGUCAUUUUUGUAUGAGCAAAAUCAGAUUUUACCAUAGUGCUGGUUCGACUAAGCAUGCGAACAAGCCAAUGACGAACGUAUCAAUCCCAAUGGGACUUUUAUGACGUAACAACCUUGAUCACAUCUGACUGCCUUCCUGCUUGACGAAAAGUAUUCAGAAGUAUAAAACGAGGGAAGGGUUGAAGGUAUAGUACGAGACGCUGACAGUUGAAGAAGCAACUGAGGUUUUGAACAGUGUUCGGUGACUUCUCCAGGAGAUACAGCCACAAAGCGUUUCAAGACCUUGGACAGCACCCAGUCGGUACCCGAGCAGAACAGCGGAUCAUUUUGGCAAAUGUAUAAAGCGAUGUUACAGAGGAACGGCUCCCAGCUCCUUUUUCUAAUAGCCCUGUGCAGUGUGCUAUAUUCCCGGACUCAGUGUUUGCCAUAUGCAUCUAUGAGACCUACGAGACACGCAGACGGUCUCUUUACUAGUGGAUACAGCAAACUUCUUGGACAGCUAUCGGCGCGGCGGUACCUGGAAUCCUUGAUCGGAAAGCGAGUCAGUGAUGACAUGAUGGAGGACCAGGUACCAGUGAAGCGCCACUCAGAUGCCAUUUUCACAGACAACUACAGUCGCUUCCGCAAACAGAUGGCUGUGAAGAAAUAUCUGAACUCGGUUCUGACAGGAAAGAGAAGUCAAGAAGACCCUCCCAUGCAAGAAGAAUCCAGAAGUGAGCCCUCGUUUCAAGAGAGCUAUGAUGACGUCAGCGUAGAUCACCUCCUCAAUAACUUCCAAUUGCCACUCUGAAGAAGACCCACUGGUGCGCCGACCUCAAUCGUCAACCUCAUCGAUCUGCCAUUCAAAACAAUAUUUAAGUUCUUCAACAACGGGCUAAAAGUCAUGUGUGGUUAUCUCUACAGUAUAAAGUGAAUGUUUAUAUUGUAUAUAAGUUAAACUAAAACAAAAAAUAUUGGUCUGAAGAUGUAGGCCACAGUAAAUAUUAUACAUGUCCACCUGGGAUUAGAUAGAUUUGCUUUGUCCAGGACUCUGUAAAUGGUAGUUGAAUAAAUGCAUUCUAAACAAGCUAUAUACUGCUAUAGAGUACCAUCAGCUUAAACAGAAGAGGACCACAUAUAGAGCGGCUAUGAUGCAUAUAAUCACUUUAUAUCCAUGUGGAUCAACGCUAUACCUUGUGCAAAAACUUACCUAGAGCAUUUAGUUCUGUGAAACCGUCCAACAAAUAAAAUAUGUCCAUUUAUUUUUCAAAGCUGAGUAAUUUUGUAAGUAAAUAUUUAUGUUGAUUAUUUAUUUUCAUGUAAAAAACAAACUUGUUGGGAAAAAAGGUAUUGCUAAGUUGCUUACAAAUUACGUUGCAAACUUAUAGUUGCACUCAACACGUGCUUUGAUGACCUGCUCAGCUAAAUGAAGAUGGGAAACAAAGACUAAUACAUUUGAUUUUAUGAAUAUCAACUUCAUAGCAUUUGAAAUGAAUUGAUCAGUUUCAUGUCAAUGUGACAAAUUAGCAUGUUAUUUGCUAUCAAAUCAGCACAACAGAGAAGAACUUGAAAGCAAUUACCUUCUCAGUCUCAGUUACACAGUGGAAAUAUUCAAACUAGAUAAUGGCAGGGAUCUCCUUUAAAAAAAAAUAUUAUUCCCUUCAAAGACAUGAGACAAAGCAUAGAAUAGCAGAUAAACAUUAACAUGAAUUUAUGUCAACAGACAUACUGUAGAUAAGUAUAUACUGUAUUUUAAUCAUGACAGUUAUGAGAGGACUGUGACAAAGAUGACUGAGAAAUUGUUUCCACAUAAUUAUUGGUACAUUUUCUGAACUAAUGUAACUUUGAAUAUAUUCAGUGAAUAAAAUGACGUAUACCU